AUGUCGCCCGAGUCUCAAGCCAUCGUUGAUGUCUUCGGCUUUGCCAGACAGAGAAUGAUGGAGAAUCCAAAUAUGUCGGCCCGCGAAGGCCGGUUAUUCAUUGAAUCUUUCGGAUCGCUCGCCAGCGAGCCCACGGAAGUGACGUACGAAGAAGUCCAAUGCCCUGGGUCGACUGGACCAGCUAUAUGGUGCAGACCAUCGUCUGCAGACCCCUCCCACAUCAUCCUUUACUUGCACGGCGGAGCUGGGACCGGAGGAUCUCCCUCGAGUCAUCGUAAACUUGCUGGACAUCUAGCCAAAGUCGCAUCUUGUGUUGCACUUUUGCCAGAUUAUCGACUUGUUCCCGAGGAUCCGUUUCCAGCGGGGUUGGAGGACUGCCUCUCGACAUACAAAUGGGUCCUGGAUCAAGGAUUUAAGCCGUCGCGGAUUGCAGUAGCAGGAGACUCUGCAGGUGCCAAUUUAACGGCUGCCCUGCUAUUGAAGCUGAAGGAACAGGGACUUUCAUUUCCCGGGGCGGCCGCCCUCUUGUCGCCAUGGCUUGACAUGGAGAACCUGGGCGAAUCCCGACAAUUCAAUUUCGAGCACGAUGCUCUCGCCGGCCUUGCGACAGCUUCCACAGCACUUUAUUGCCAGGGGACAUCGCCCAAGAACCCAUUUGCAAACCCCUUGUAUGGAGACUUUACGGGGGCGCCACCUCUCUUUGUCUCAGCCGGCGGGUGGGAUACUCUGCUGAGUGAUGCACUUACGUUGGCCGAGAAAGCGAAGGCAGUGGGAGUUGACGUGACGCUUCACGUGGCACCUGAAAUGCAGCACGACUACCAUUUUAUGGUUGGUCGAGCUCCUGAGGCAACGGAGACGGUGACAGAGAUUGGUCGUUGGAUUGCUGGAAAGCUUCAGUGA